CUGGCCCAGUAAUCAUCUAUACCAUUUUUCACGUUCAAGGAGUGCGGAGCUGCACCAUGACAUACGGCGUCGCAUGCGCAGAGAUCUUGUUUGAUGGUGCGUGGUGCAAGAUUGAGCGAUGUGGUGCAGGGAUGGCGUAGGCGGGGAUGCACGCGACGAUGACGUUUUGGCUUCCGGUAGCUUGGCCAACCCCCAUUUACAACUUUGCUGGGCAUGUCGACCCAGAAAGAGGGGACGAGCACCGAAGCUGCCAUCCCUUACUUCACCAACCUCUCCUGGUCCAUCUACCGCAUCAAAAUCGCCCUGCUGACCUCGGGCACGUCGUCGGACAUGGCCAAAUCAAAGGCGCUGCAGAGCAACCUGGACGUCGACUACGUGAUCAGCUAUCGCUUUGCAAAGACGGACAAGACAAAGGCCAUCGCGCAGUUCGAGAAGCUUUGUGAGGCGCUCGCAAACGUCGGGCUGCAGACAGAGGUCCGCAAUGGCGAGUCGCACUCAAUCCUCCUCUUCGUGAGGGUCGCUUCCGACGAGCACCUGUUCGGAGAGGUAUACAGGUCCAGAGUCCGCGACUGGAUCCACGGUGUCCGAACGGCUGCCCCCGAAAAGGUUACCCGCGAAUCGCUCGAAGCAGAGCCCCUCUACGAGGCCGAGAGACUGCGUAUAAUAUACCAGCUCAUUACAAACCCUCCGUCUGAAGGCGGCGCCGGCAUCACGCCCAAGGAGGGAGAGUGGGAGAAUGUCGAGUCCGUCUUUGCGCUGCACGACCAUGCCUACAACAAGGACUGGAUCAAGAAGUGGACCUCGCAGUAUUUUCUGACUACCGAAGACUUGGAUGACAUCAGGAACCGCCUGGGAGAGAAGAUUGCCUUCUAUUUCGCCUUUACACAGUCCUACUUUACCUUCCUCAUCCCCGCCGCCGGCUUCGGCUUCUUUUCCUGGCUCUUCUUCGGCUCCUUUUCGCCCAUCUACGGUCUCGCGAGCGCCCUGUGGUGCACCGUCUUCACCGAAUACUGGAAACAACAAGAGGUGGACCUGAGCGUUCGCUGGGGCGUCAAGGGCGUCUCCAAGAUCGAUGUCAGGAAGAAGGACUUUGCACCUGAAAAGACCAUCACCGACCCAGUCACUGGUGAGCAGGUUGGCUUCUUCCCGGCAUCGAAGCGCUUCCAGAGACAGUUGUUGCAGAUUCCGUUCGCUAUCAUUGCGGCUUGUUCCCUUGGAGCAGUCAUUGCGACCUGCUUUGGCAUUGAGGUCUUCAUCUCGGAGGUCUACAAUGGGCCACUCAAGAGCGUUCUCGUAUUCAUUCCAACUGGCAUCCUCACAACCGUCAACCCUAUCCUGAACACUCUCCUAACGCAAGCCGCUACACGCCUCACCCAGUUCGAGAAUUACGAGACCGCGGGUGCGUACGAAAAAGCAUUGACUCAGAAGAUCUUUGUCAUGAACUUCAUCAUGUCUUACUUGGGAAUCUUCCUGACUGCCUUCGUCUACGUACCCUUUGGGAAGGUCAUCGUACCCUAUCUUGACAUUUUCAAUGUUGCUGUACGACCCUUCGCCGAAGAUGAGAAGCAGCUACACCUUAAUUCGACAAGCUCCAGCUGGAGUAUUAAUCCCGACCGCCUUCGCAAGCAAGUCAUAUACUUCACAGUCACCGCCCAGGUUGUCAACCUUGGCAUGGAGCUUAUCGUUCCUUAUCUUAAGCGUCGUGGUCUUGCUAAGUACAAGGAAAUGCAGUCCGACAGGGCUGCAAAGAACGGAGGUUCCACCCCAGCCGCCACCGAAAAUGACCCAGCUGAGGACGCUGCCUUCCUUGAUCGUGUCCGUAAGGAGGCUGAACUCGAUGUCUACGAUGUUACCGCCGACCUUCGUGAGAUGGUCGUGCAAUUUGGUUACCUUUCUCUCUUCUCCGUAGUUUGGCCACUUACCGCUGUUUCCUUCCUCAUCAACGACUGGAUCGAGCUUCGCGCCGAUGCUAUGAAGAUCUGUGUUGAGAUGCGACGUCCAACCCCGUGGCGUGCUGAUACCAUUGGCCCCUGGCUGGACUCCCUCUCCUUCCUCACCUGGAUGGGCAGUCUCACUACAUCCGCUCUCGUCUACAUGUUCUGGAACGACCGCACUGGACCCAGCGGUAGUCCUUCCAACAUUCAGCUAUGGGCCCUCCUCCUAACUGUCUUCUUCUCGGAGCACCUCUUCAUCCUCUUCCGCUGGGGCGUGCGCGAGGUAUUGUCCAGACUCGAUUCUCCUGGCCUACAGAAGGAACGCCGUGAACGCUUCCUGGUACGCAAGCAAUACUUUGAGGAGAACCUCAGCCAGCUGCAGAACAUGCCCAGGUUGAGUGAGAAGGGUGGCGAGAUUACUAGGAAGAGUCUUGAAGAAGAAGCUAGGCAGGGCAGUCUCAGAGACAGCACUGCCGAGAUUAGAUUCUGGCAGCGCCAGAGGAGCUGGAGGGAGAGCGCGGUAGUUGCAAAGGACCUCAUCAGCAGGGCGCAGAACGAGACCAUUGUGGAGACGAAGAAGGAGUUGUAGAGCAUGGUUGCAGAUGCAGUCAUGUCGUAGGCUGUGAUGAGCGUCUGAUGGGAUC